AUGCGGCGCGGAGGAGGCGCCCCAUGGACGCCGGAGCCAGGCGCUCGCUCGCUCGCUCGCUCGCUCGCUGGCCGGGCCGGCCGGGGGUGUGAUCAAGGCGGCUGCCGCCGCCACCGCCGCCGCACUUCUCCCGGCGGCUACUGUCACCGCUCCGCCCCCGCGGGCUCCGAGCUCGCUGCACUUGGCCCGCUGCGAAGUCUGCAGACUGCCAGUUCUCUUUUUCCCUUUCUGUUUUACCGCCGGCGAAGGGUCGGGGGGGAUUUCCACCCAGGGACUUUCCAGUCACGUGACGCCGGGCCCGGCGCCGAGAGCCGCGGGUCGCCGGCCGCCAGGGGGCGCAGGGCGCGCAGAGGGCGCGGGACGCGCUGGAGGGGCAGCUGGCGCAGGAGGCGAGCGGCGCCCCGCCCCGCCCCGCUCCGCCCCGCCCCGUCCCGCCCUCCGCGCGAGAAACUCCUGCGCCCCGCCCCCGGGUGUCCCCGCGUGAGUCACCUGGGCAUUUCGGAAGCUGGCUCACGUCACAUCCAUGUGGAAAUCGCGGUGAUGGGAACUGGAAAUGAAAUAGGUUCUUUUUUUCUCAGCCGUUUUUCUGCAGAAAAUCACCAACUGUGGAGAACAAGAAGGGAAAUAAGAAAGAAAACCCUAAAAACCACCCCGGCGUCCGGGACCGCAGGCUUCGGGCCGGGUUUGAAACGCCGGGGCUGUGCACGUGAUGAGCUCGUGGGGGAGCGCCGUGCUCUCGGCCCCGGCGGGGAUUUCGAGAACAAGAAGCGGUCACGGCCCUCGGUCCCCACGCCAGCGUUCCUGCCACCCGGACCCCACGCUGGUGGGAUGCAGAUCUGAAGUGACUCCUGAGGCCCCAGAGCCUUGACAUUUGCAGGGGCAAAACCAACCUUAGGUGACGUUACGAAUCAGAGCAACUAUCAACCCUGUCCUGCACUUAAUUGCCCCUUCUUCAGUUCUGCACACCGGUGCCCAGGUGAUGCCAACGUUCAGGAUCGUGCUCUGCUGCUGCAAAGGAAGAUCCAUAUUAAACAUAUCUUAAACUAGCCUUUUGUAAGUAUGGCAGGGUAGCUUUGAAUCCUGCUGCAAAUUUUUUUUUAAAUUUUUUUAAUGUUUAUUUUUGAGAGAGAGAGAGAGAGAGACAGAACAUGAGUGGGGGAGGGGCAGAGAGAGAGAGGGGGACAGAAUCUGAAGCAGGCUCCAGGCUCUGAGCUGUCAGCACAGAGCCCAAUGUGGGGCUCGACCUCAUGAACCGUGAGAUCAUGACCUGAGCCGAAGUUGGACGCUCAACCAACUGAGCCAUCCAGGCACGCCUCCUGCUUCAAACUUAAUAACCCUUGGCUGAGCUUCGAGAUUACUGAAGAGUGAUGUUCCCACUUUCAAAGGCUAGUUCUGAAAAGACAAUGGAAGCCCUUUGUGGGCUGUAAUGACAAGGAGAACUGCGAUGAUGAUGUCAUAGAUUUCAUCAUGAUAUAAAUGCCAGAUUCUCCUGAAACGCUGCUUCUUAUCUAGGAACCUCAGAUCCUUUGUAGGUAUUAUUUGGGGGUGAGUAAAGAAACAAAGACCCACCAUGCUAACGGGACUUAACUGAGGUAAUCCAAUGAGUCACUUAUAAUAGGAACAAAGACCUUCCAGGGGAAGGGAGGGAGUUCGUUUAAUGCCAGGAAUGGCUUCUUUUAUUCCGUUUUGCCUGAAAAUAUGGGAUGCUGGACUCUGAAACCUAUCAGAAAAUUCAUUCCCCCAUGAAUUCUGGUUUAAUUUCCUGUCGAUACCUGGCUGAAACACUUGGAAAAAUUGUUUUAUUUUACAUUAUGAGCGUAAAUAUUCAAGUCUUGGUUUCAUUUCUGUUUCUGUGGAGGCUGCUGUUGAGGACCAGAUAUGAACCGUGAUGGACCUGAAAUGAGUGCUGCUUACAGCCAAAUGGUAUGCUGCGUUGGGUUAGCAGUAAGCUGGGUGUUAACGGAAAUAAAUUAGUUUUUAUUUGGAGUAGUACAACCAUUGUGAAGACCGGCCUUUGAUGCUCCCCUCUUCUCGUCACUUGGGCCUGAAUUCCCUCAGUCAGGUUUGGAGUGCCCAUAAUUUUGUCUCCUUGCCAGUCUUCCCUCCUCUCCCUCUUUACCCCUCCCCUACUCUUCGCCCCCAUCACCAUAAAAAAAUUUUUCGGGGGCGCCUGGGUGGCUCAGUGGGUUAAGCGUCUGACUUCGGCUCAGGUCAUGAUCUCAUGGUUUGGGAAUUCGAGCCCCGCAUCGGGCUCUGUGCUGACAGCUCGGAGCCUGGAGCCUGCUUCAAAUUCUGUGUCUCCCUCUCUCUCUGCCCCUCCCCUGCUCACACUCUGUCUCUCUGUGUCU